GAUAGCUGGCUGUAUCAUGGUGGCGCCUACUUCGAUGGGGAAUUCGAGUGGAGCUUCACGAUGACGAAUCUCAACCCCGGCGCCGCCAAUGUCAAGAACCUCGAAUCCAGAGCUGUAGACACUAACGAGGAUGCAAAGAUCGCUCCCCGCGACACGACCGCCACCCAGGGCAUCAUCCACUGCAAUAACAACGAUGAUCAAGCCGUCAGCUCCGAUGAAAUGAGCGGCGCAGUCACCAACUUCUGCGAGCGGACCUCCGACACGAGGCUUUUUGGGAUCGCAUCGACGACGUACUCUUUCCCGAACUUCUCGGUCGAGCUGUCUUCUACGGUGCCUGCGACUGGAAACUGGUCGUAUGAUGUGACCAAGUGCACAGACAGCUUCUGGCAAAUCCUUCAUAGUUGUCAAGCUAGCAGUAUCGAUCCUAUCAAGCAUCACGGAGGAUCGAAUGACGAACUCAAUCAUAUCUGGAAAGUCAGCAUCCAAAAGAAGGCGACAGAUGGUCAAGACGCCGUAUCUCUUGCGGAUCACGAAGAUGUGGACGCGACCGCAGCUCAGAGGCGUAUUGUAUGCAAAGGUAUCAACUCACCCGAAGAGAUUACCAACUAUUUGAACCCGGCCAUCGGGGAUUUCUGCAGAUCCAAGGCUGGGGGGCAGAAUCAAGGAAGAUGGGUUGGGUGGUUCAAACCUGCAAAUCAGAAGAUUCGUCUCUCCGUCGAAGGCCCGGAAGUCGGGACUUUUACUCCGGGUGAAUGCGAGGAGGGGUUUUUCACCGUGAGGGAUGCCUGUCAUGGGACGGUAGGACCAGGAUGGUCGAAAGGCGGAGUUAACUUUGACGGAGACUGGCACUGGUACACCGAUAUCUGGGACUCCUGGGGAGACAUGAAGUCAUGAAGCAUCGUUGAAAGGGUUGACGUGGCGACUUCUCGGGAGGCAGCAGCAAGCAAGCAAGCAACGAUGGGGCGGAUGUAGGAGAUGAUAAUGGAAU